UGAAAAAGAAAAAAGGAAAAGUCAUUAGGGUCACAAAAUCGAAACCCUGAGCAGAAAACCCCCUUCCGGCCGUCGGACUCUCGAUCGGAAAUUGGGUUCUCCUUCUUCUCCGAAGUCUCCGGAAACUUCACCGCCGCUGCGACCUGCUACAGGCGUCGACUCUCCUUGCUCUUCGCCUCUCACGAAGCCCAUCAGAUACCCUUCGUCUCUUCCGCCGUCAUUAUCAACAAUUCUUCUUCAUACGAGGACCCCCCUUCCGUCGUGAAAAACCCUAAGAAACUCCCUUUUCCCCUCCGGUGAAUUAUUCGUCUUCUUCUUCUCGGAGCAGUGCAUAUUCUCCGCCGAGAGCGUUACCCUUGUAGCCAUGAAGAGAGGCAGGACACAGGAGAAAUUCAGUAUGAAGAAGUGUACAUCGAAAAAUCGACGUGUUAAAGAAGCAGUCGUUCACAGCCCUUCACCACCUGAGCAUCCAGAGUCAUCUGAAGAAGUAUGCGCUGAAGCUGAAUCGGACGAAGUGGUCUACAGAGAACCGACGGUGUACAAUAGAUUGUUGACAUCACUCGGUUCGUCUAACAAGGUUGUUGCCCAUGUGAACAAACAAAGACUAAGACAAGAAGAAGGUAGGAGUGACACUGAAGAAGAAGAGGAUGAUGGAGAGACAGAGGAAGAGGAAGAAGAUGAAAAUGUUGGUACUGAGUCUGAAUAUUCAACCAUGUCGGAUGAUGAGCAUAAUCCGAUUCAAGGGGUUGAUGAGGAAUAUCCUGAAGAUCAUGCUGGGGAGAGCAUGAUGCAAGAGAGUAGUAGUGAUCAUAAAAUUGAGGAAGAUGAUUCUGAGGCUUCUGAAUCGGAUGAAGAGCAUGAAUUGAGUUUUACUGUUCAAUCUACUAGAGAUGCUUCUUCAUCCGCGAGUGCCUUCAGUGAACACCUUGGACACAAAUUAUCAGGUGAAGAUGUGGAGACCCUGCCAAAAGGCAUGUGGAAGUUUAAGUGGGAGUCACCUGCCAUUGACAUGCCAAAUUGCAGAUGGAAAGGAACGAGUGAAAACUUCAUGGAUGGCUUUGAGUCUUAUGUGAACUAUGACCUCAAGCCUAAGUUAUAUAAGCACUGGCUGGAAGUAUACAAAAAAUCUGGAGGGAAAGAUUUUGACUCAUCUAAGAGGAGAAGAUUCUUCUCCCUUUAUAACAGCUACAGGGACAUUUUUCAUUCGAACAAGAAACCCUUCUACAAUAGAGGCCUUGAAGAAGACUCAUGCUCCAUGGACGCAUACCUUAUGCAUUCUUUGAAUCACAUAUUCAGAACGAGGGACCUUGUGAAAAAGAAUGAAGCCAAAAUAGCUAAGCAUCAAGAGACAUCUGCAGAGGAAGUUCUUUGUGAUGAUGCAUUUCUUGAUCAAGGAUUUACUCGUCCUAAGGUCCUGAUUCUGCUACCGAUGAGGAGCAUUGCCUUUCGUGUCAUUAAGAGGCUUAUACAACUAACUCCUCAAACUCAAAGGGUUAAUGUUGAACACCUCGACCGGUUCAAUACGGAGUUCGGAGCUGAAGAGGACACUGAUGUUGAUGAUGGAGACAAGGAUACCUCUGAAAAUGGAAUUCCAAAACCACAGAAAUCUUCUAAACCUUCUGAUUUUCAAGCCCUGUUUGGCGGGAACUGCGAUGACGAGUUUAUGAUCGGCAUUAAGUUUACAAGGAAGAGCAUUAGGCUGUAUGGUGAUUUUUAUUCCUCAGACAUGAUCAUUGCUUCUCCCCUCAAGUUACAUAUGGCAAUUGGCCAAGCAGAGGAAGACAAGGAACGGGAUGUUGAUUAUCUUUCCUCCAUUGAGGUUUUGAUUAUUGAUCAUGCAGACAUAAUAUCUAUGCAGAAUUGGGCCUUCCUUGCUACGGCUGUUGACCACUUAAACCGGAUUCCGUCGAAACAACAUGGUACCAAUGUCAUGCGCAUCAGACCGUGGUAUCUGGAUGGACAUGCAUGGUUCUAUCGGCAGUCAAUAGUUUUAAGUUAUUAUUCAACCCCAGAGAUGAAUGCUCUAUUCAAUCACCACUGUGUGAAUUAUAAAGGAAAAGUGAAGCUAGUGUGUGAACACAAAGGUGUUCUUCAGAAAGUGUUGCUCCCUGUGCGGCAGAUCUAUGAACGAUUUAGUGCAGACUCUAUAGUACAGGCAGAUGAUGCUCGUUUCGAAUAUUUUACUAAGAAGAUCUUCCCAAAGAUAAAAGAUUCGGUUCAGGGAGGAAUCAUGAUCUUUAUCCAUUCUUACUUCGAGUUUGUCAGGCUGAGGAACUUUCUGAAGUCGCAGAAUGCAUCUUUCUGUCUACUCGGAGACUAUACAAAAGCUCCGGAUAUAUCGCGUGCACGUGUUUGGUUUUUCGAGGGCAAGCGGAAGAUGAUGCUUUACACGGAGAGAGCAUACUUUUAUAGGAGAUACAAGAUCCGUGGAAUUAAGAACCUAAUCAUCUACUCCCUCCCGGAACGGAAGGAAUUCUACCCCGAGAUUGUGAAUAUGCUGGAAGGAUCAUCGCAUGACAUGGUGUCUACAGCUCUCUUUUCUCGGUUUGAUCUACUCCGGCUGGAGAGGAUCGUUGGGACAACAUCUGCAAAGAGGAUGAUCAGUUCGGAGAAGAGCAUCUUUGCGUUCUGUUAGCCCUGCUGCUCUGUCUAAAUCCAACAAACUCGAGCUUUGGUUCUGUCUAAAUUCAGUAUUUCACUCAACGGAGGCCAAAAGCUUUGGUUCUGCAAUGCAGAUUUUGUGAAAUUUUGACCCAUGAGUAUCUAUCUUUCUUUUGUGUAAUUCAUCUUACUGCCCUAGUCAUGUUUAAAAAAUAUGUGGUAUUAUUAUUCCUUUUUUGUUAAUUUAUGAGUGGAAACAGUUUCAAAAUC